AUGGCCGGCGCCGAGCCGCGCGUCCGCUACCUGGCGGGCUUCCGCUGCCCCCUCGGGGGCCUGGCGGCGGGCACGGCGCGCGUGCUGCGCCACGGGGCGGAGGUCGUGCUGAGCACCGGGAGCGAGUUCGUCUACGUGUACGACCAGGAAGGCGGGCUGCUGAGCGCGGUGUACCAGUUCCCGGGCCGCGUGUGGCACCUGGCGCUCCUGCCGCUCCGCAGGGCGCUCUACGUCCUGUGCGCCCGGGAGGGCGUGUACUGCCUGCCGCUGGGCCGCCCGGACAGGUCUCAGAGGCAGGAGGCCGAGGACGGUGAGGACGGCGAGCUGCCCUCGCCUGUGAUCCCCGUGGGCCCCGAAGCCUGCGUCCUCCCGGGCGCGGGGCUCCGCUCGUUCGCGGUGCUGGACGACGCGCUGGUCGCCCUGGAGCAGGGUCCGGCCCAGUGGAAGGUGCGGCUGCUGGAGCGCCCCUGCCCCGGCCAGGAGCCGCGGCCAGACGCCCAGAUCGGCGAGGUGGAGCUGGCCGCCUGCACCCCCUCGGCAGGGCAGCCGGAGGACCCCCCCUUCCUGCCGGUGCUGUGCUGCCUGUCCCCGCCCGGCUCGGGGGCCCCACGCGGCGCCCCCCCGGCCCACGGGGGCUUCGUGCUCGGGGAGGCCCUCUUCGGUCUGCUCUUUGGAGCCGAUGCCGCCCUCCUGGAGUCACCAGUGGUCCUCUGUGGUCUCCCCGACGGCCAGCUCUGCUGUGUGGUCCUGAAGGCCCUGGUCACCUCCAGGUCAGCCCCUGGGGACCCGAAGGCCCUGGUCAAGAUCCUCCAUCACCUGGAGGAGCCUGUCGUCUUCCUUGGGGCCCUGAGGACAGAGCCGCAGGCCAGGGACACCGCAGAGGACGGGCUGGCCGCGGAGGACACGCACGCCGACUGCCUGGUGGCCCUCGGUCACCACGGCCGGGCGCUGGCCAUCAAGGCCGGCUGCAGUGAGGCCGGGAGUCUGGUGCCGGAGCUCCGAGAGUACUGCCUCCCGGGGCCGGCGCUGUGUGCCGCCUGUGGCGGGGGCGGCUGCCUGUUCUACAGCACCGCCUCCGACCUCUGCGUGGUGGACCUGGCUCGGGGCGGCUCCCGCGUGGACCCAGAGUGGCCGGAGGGGGCCCCGGGCGGCCUGCCGCCCCUGCUGUGCCCAGCCAGCUUGAACAUCUGUGGCAGUGUCGCUCUCUGCGCGUCUGCGGGCCCUGGAGGUGGCACCAAACUCCUGGCACUGUCUGCCAAAGGCCGCCUGAUGGCCUGCAGCCUGGGCCUGGAGGCGGAGGGGCCCGGCCCUGCCCGGACGGCCAGGGCAGACGCAGGCAGGAAGAUCAGGGAGCUGCUCUCUGGGAUCGGCAGCGUCUCUGAGAGAGUGUGUCUGCUGAAGAAGGCGCUGGACCAGCGGAACAAGGCCCUGACGAGCCUCAACGAGGCCAUGAGCGUGAGCUGCGCGCUGCUCUCGGGCCGCGGCAGCGCCCGGCCCAUCUCCUGCACGACCACCGUGGCCUGGAGCCGCCUGCAGCUGCGCGACGCGCUCACCGCCACCUGCCUGCUGCAGAACAGCGGCCACUUCAGCCUGGACCGGGGCUGGGCCCUGUGCAUCCAGGUGCGCAGCAGCUCCUCCGCCCUGGACCUGGACGCCGCCGGCUCGGCCGUCACCUACACCAUGCCCAUCCCCCGGCUCGGCCCCGGCAGCCGGCGGGAGGUGACGCUGCCCCUGGGCCCCGGUGAGGACGGCGAGCUGGACCUGCCGGUGACCGUGUCCUGCGCGCUCUUCUACAGCCUCCGGGAGGUGGUGGGCGGGGUCCUCUCCUCCCAGGACCCCCUGGAGGCCCCCCGCCUGGACGAGGGCCCGCCCGCCAUGCUGCCCGAGCAGGACGGCAUCUGCCUGCCACUGAGCAGGCACACGGUGGACAUGCUGCAGUGUCUGCGCUUCCCUGGCCUGCCCGCGGCCGCUGCGCAGGCCCCCAGCCUGGUCGGCCCCUCCGCGGACCCCGUGGACGCCUUCCUGGAAUCCUACAGGGGCCCGGCCGGCAAGCUGGCUGGAUCGGCCUGGCUGCGAGCCCAGUACCUGCCCCCGUCCGUGGCCUCCAUCCAGGUGUCGGCGGAGCUGCUCAGGGCUGCCCUGGACAACAGCCGCACAGGUGUCUCUCUGUGCUGUGCGACCCUGCAGUGGCUCCUGGCCGAGAAUGCUGCCGCGGGCGCCGUGCGAGCCCAGGCGCUGUCUGCCGUCCAGGGAGUGGCCCCGGAUGGCACUGACGUCCACCUCCUCGUCCGUGAGGUGGCCUUGACCGAGCUGAGCCCAGCGGGGCCCAUCCAGGCGGUGGAGAUCCAGGUGGAGUGCUCGUCUCUGGCCAGCAUGUGCCGGGUGCACCAUGCCAUCGUGGGCCGCAUGCAGACGAUGGUCACGGGGCAGGCCGCCCAGGGCUCCAGCCCACCCGACCUCCGCCUGCAGUACCUCCGGCAGAUCCACACAAACCACGAGAUGCUGCUGCGGGAGGUGCAGAGCCUGCGCGACCAGCUGUGCACGGAGGACGAAGCCGUGUCCAGCACCGCCGCCCAGAGGCUGCUGCAGGUGUACGGGCAGCUGCGCAACCCCAGCCUCGUGCUGCUGUGAGCGGGGCAUCCGUCCGCCUCCCCCGGCAGGGCGUCCCGUCCACCCCGUCCGCCUCCCCCGGCAGGGCGUCCUGUCCACCCCGUCCGCCUCCCCCAGCAGGGCGUCCGUCCACCUCCCCCGGCAGGGCGUCCCGUCCACCUCGUCCACCUCCCCCGGCAGGGCGUCCAUCCUUCUCCCCCGAAGGGCGUCCCGUCCACCCCGUCCGCCUCCCCCAGCAGGGUGUCCCGUCCACCCCGUCCGCCUCCCCCGGCAGGGCGUCCCGUCCGCCUCCCCCGGCAGGGCGUCCGUCCGCCUCCCCCCGCUCUGACUGCACGGCGACUUCGUGAUUCAUGGAGGAAAGCCAGCACGCACAAGACUUCUUUCUUAGUCCCUGAACAAGAGGCGCGUGGCCAGGCGUGAGCCACGGGGGACCACAUGGCCGGCUGGAGCAGAGGGGAAUGGGACGGAGCCCCUCACACCACCCCUCCCCCAGCCUUGUCGUGGGGCUCGGUCGGCCACAGCCACUCGGCAGUAGCCAUUCCCCGGGGGCGAGCCUCGGCCGGGGCCUGGUGGGUUUGAGUGCUGUCACUGGCUCCCCGCACUGCUACCUCCGGUCACUCGGUGGGCUGUGCCCCCAGCCUCCUCCCUCAGUCGGGGGCCCGGGGUGCUCUGGCCUGAGCCUGGUGCAGGCAGUGCCUGCGACAAGGGAGAUCCUGUUUGCUGAGCUCUGGGCUUUGCCUGUGUCU